CCUAUAUACAGUCGAUACAACUGACAGACUGGUGCGCGUGACGUCGAUAACGACGAUAUGGCGUCUGUCAAAGUAACGGAGCAGAAGGUUAUAUUGUGCGGCGAAUACGGCGUCGGCAAGACGUCUAUAUUCCGACGCUUUGCUAACAAUACAUUCGUUGCCAGUAGCGAUCGUAAGUCGACCCUGGGCCUCGACAAUAUCGAUAAAGAAUACGUUGUUGAAGACAGGCGAAUUCGCCUACAACUAUGGGAUACUGGUGGUAUGGAAAGAGUAGCAUCCGUUACGUCGAGUUAUUACAAAUUUGCAGAGGCUGCUAUUCUGGUAUUUGCCCUGGAUAAUUCAACAUCGUUUCAUUUAUUAUCCCAGCACUUGCUUGAUAUAGUUACAUAUGCAGAAAAUGCAAAGAUAUUUCUUUGCGGAAACAAAAGUGACCUGGAAAGCAUUGCACCACAAGUCACAGAUGCAGAGAUGGAACAAUUUUGUGAACAAUGUCAUAAUUUGAUUUCGGGAAUAUACAAAACAUCAUGUAAAACUGGUGAAGGAAUAAAUGAGAUGUUUGAGGAUAUAGCGCAACAUCUGGUGGAAGCUAAUCGGUCGCGAAUGGAGCUUCACGAGAUGGAUAAGGAUCGUUUUAAAAUUUCCUACAUCGACGAAGCGGCUGAUCCGUCAUGUUUGUGUUAAUCUAUGAUUACAAACAAAUGUAUAAUCUUUGAAAACUUCCAAGGCUCAAUGUGGAUUGUAACACUAAGGGGAAUCUUUUAUAUCAAACAUCUAUUACAUACGACUUUUCUAUGAGGAAAGGUCGCGAAAAGAGAGGAUGAAAAAAAUGUACAAGCGUGAUGUACGUAUAUAAAUGACGUAUUGCAUUUACGAUUUUAAAUAGAGUUUAAUAUACAUGAUGGUAAAGACUUUCAAAUAAAAAAUUAUUAUUUACAUUGUGAGAAAUUAUACUUCUAAUCAACUAGGCUUGAUUUAUUAAUGUAAUUUACGAUCGAUAAUAUAUAAUCAACAUACAUACUAUGUAUACUUAAGGCUGUAAAGACCACAUGAUAACGAGGUACUAGUGCUGAGCCCAAUUGAUAGUUUUCAAGUCGAUACCAUCUUCCAUCAUUUCCCAUAACGGGCUGUAAAAGAACAAGCGAAUAAAGAUUAGAGUUUCGGCACUUAUUCUUGACGUAACAUCGUCACGACUAAUAGAUAUGUAUAGAGAUAGAAAUAAUCACAUGAUCUCAUGAAACGUCCAACAAUAAAGUUAUUCUCUCCGUGAAAUAAGAUUACAAACGUUUCAAAUUGUUAAGGUCAAAGUAACACAUAAUAUAAGUCUAAAUAUUAUAGAUCCUUCACCAUGUCUUACAUUUGAGAAAAAUAAACAUUUAUAUGGUAA